AUGCCUCGCCUCCUCGAAGAUAAGGUCGUCCUCGUCACCGGCGGUGCCGGCGGUCUGGGCCGUGCUAUCGUCAAGGCGUGCAGCGACAACAAGGCCAAGGUCGUCAUCUGCGACGUCAACGAGGAGCGUGUCAAGGAGACGGAGAACGACUUCGAGAAGCUGUGGCACGUCGGCCCGCUGGACAAGCUGUCGACUGCCGUCACGGAUGUCUCCAACGAGACGGGCGCCGCGGCCGCCGUCGAGCACUGCAUCCGCCGCUUCGGGCGCCUCGACGUCCUCAUCAACUGCGCCGGCAUCAUGGACGCCUACGACCCGGUUGACAACAUCGACGCCGACCUCUGGAACCGCGUCCUCGCCGUCAACCUGACGGGCCCGGCCCUGAUGUCCAAGCACGCGGUCAAGCACUUCCUGUCGCGCGACGCCAAGUCGACGCACGGGUGCAACAUCAUCAACGUCGCGGCCGCAGCCGCCGUGCGCGGCGCCGCAGCAGGUAUGUCGUCCAUCGCGCCGGUGCUGGCGGCCGCCGUCGGCGGCGUCGCCGGCCGCGACCUGUACAGCAACCUCGACCCGGAAACGUACGCUCACAUGGUCUUCAUCAAAGGUGCCGCCUACACGGCCGCCAACCACGGCCUCGUCGGCCUGACCAAGAACACGGCCGCCGCCUACGCCAAGAAGGGCAUCCGCUGCAACGCCGUGCUGCCCGGCAGCAUGGACACCAACCUCGUCAGCAGCAUCCCCGCCGACUUCAACGAGGAGGGCCAGCAGACGGCUGCUACCCUCGCCAACAUCCUGCCCGGCAGCGUCGACGUCGAGAAGCUGGCCAAGACCAUCGUGCACCUGGCGAGCGAGAAUGCCGAGGGUAUUAACGGCGCGAUUAUUGCGGCGGAUAACGGCUGGACUUCUUUCUAG